GUGCCCAGCUGCGCGGCGAGGCAGAAUCGACUUUCAAGCGCAAGAUGUCCCCUCCCGACAAGAUCGCGAAGAUCGAAACAUUCCGCGUCCCGCCACGAUGGCUCUUCGUGCGCGUCGAGACUGAACAAGGCAUCGUCGGCUGGGGCGAAGGCACCCUCGAGGGCCACACCGAGGCGAUCGAAGGCGCGUACAAAGACCUCGCGGAACGCUUCAUCGGGUGGGACUCAGACCAGAUCCAGAAUAUCUGGCAACACGCGUACCGCUCCCGCUUCUACAGAGGCGGGCCUGUUCUAAUGUCGGCCCUCUCGGGACUGGAUAUCGCGCUCUGGGACAUCAAGGGCAAGCGCCACGGCGUGCCCGUCUACCAGCUCCUUGGGGGGCGCGUGCGCGACCGCGUCAAGGUCUACGGCUGGAUCGGGGGCGACAAGCCCAUGGAUGUCGUCUCGGGGGCAGAGGAGCGCCGCGCGCAGGGCUUCACCGCCGUCAAGAUGAACGGCACCGAAGGCGCGGACUGGAUCGACUCUCCCGCGAUCCUGCAGAAGGUCGUCGAGCGCGUGAGAGGGGUCAAGGCCGUGGGACUGGACGUUGGAGUUGACUUCCACGGGAGAGUGCAUAAGGGGAUGGCGAAGCAGCUGGCGAAGGUGCUCGAGGGGGUGCAGCCGCUGUUCAUCGAAGAGCCCCUUCUUCCUACGCAAACCGAAGAGAUUGCUGACCUGGCUAGGCUGGUUUCGACCCCGAUCGCGCUAGGGGAGCGGCUGCAUUCGCGUUUCGAUUUCCGACCGUACCUUGAACGCCGCGCAAUGGAUAUCGCGCAGCCCGACGUCGCGCAUUGCGGAGGGAUCAGCGAACUCCAUAGACUUGCGUCGUACACAGAAACGUACGAUGUGGCGUUCGCACCUCACUGCCCACUAGGCCCCAUCGCACUCGCGGCGUGCAUGCAGGUCGAUCUCAAUUCGCCAAAUUUCUUCAUACAAGAGAUGAGCCUACAGAUCCACUACAAUCAAGGCGCGGAUCUGCUCACGUACCUUGUCGAUCCCUUGGUGUUCGCGAUCAAGAACGGCUACGUGGAGGCGCUGCAAGGACCUGGCUUGGGCAUAGAGAUUAACGAAACGCUUGUCAGAGAGGCGGCCGCCAUACAUGUUAGCGAGAAGGCCUGGAGGAACGUGGUCUGGACAGGACCCGAUGGUGCACUUCGGGAGUGGUGAAUGUUGUGUGAGCUAUGCAUCUGGGCAAGCUCCUAGACCAACGAG